AUGAUGAAGCAGAGACUAGAGCUCGAGAUGGCCCUCGAUGGAGCCGAUGUAGUGGGACCAGCUUGUCCCACAGGCUGGCCUGGAAAGCUCCAACGCCUCCUCCAGAGCGGGGAGUUCGAUCAGCUACGGGAUUUCUCCAUCUUUGAGAGCAAUUUCGUGCAGGUGACCCGGUUAGGAGACGUUGCCAAUAAAGUAACCAUGGGAUUGGCGGCCUCCAAUCCGGCCCAGCAACUCCCAGACCUGUUGCUGCUGGCGGGCCCCGGCAAGGAGGACGGACGCCUGCAGCUCUACGGGAUGAUACCCUUGCAGUUUGUCCAGCUCUUCGUCCACGACAAGAGCCGCAGGCAGCUCAAGGUCAAGUUGCACAACGGCCGCACCUUCUACCUGCAGCUGCAGGGUCAGCCCAGGACCUGCGACUUCGAGUUCGGCCAGUGGGUGCAGCUGCUCUACUGCCUGCGCUUCCACUCGGCCCUGAGUAGCCAGAAGGAUGGAGAGGAAGAUGAAGAGGAGGAGGAGUAUCAGACUGAAAGGGAGGACAGGAGGGAUGGGGCUUAG